GCUCCUCGGACACAGCGGAUCACCGAUCCACGGAAAGAGCCGAAGAUGUCGGCUCGGUCAUGUGAUCAGCUGUGUCCAAUCAUAGCUGAUCGCAUGGGACAUGUACACUGAUCAUCAGGGCACUGAUGAUCAGUGUGUCCUGAUGAUCAGUGUAGCCCCAGCAGUGCCACUUGUCAGUGUCCAUCAGUGCCAGCUCUCAGUGCUCAUCCAUGCCACUGCCAAUGCCCAUCACUGCCACAUCAAUGCCACAUAUCAGUGCCUACCAGUGUACAUCAAUGCCACAUAUCAGUGCCUACCAGUGCACAUCAAUGCCACAUAUCAGUGACCAUCUAAGCUGCCUUUUAGUGUCACCCAUCAGUGCCAGUCAGUGCCACCUCUCAGUAUGCCAAUCAGUUCCACCUAUCAGUGUGCCACCUAUCAGUGCCAGUCAGUGCCGCCUAUCAGUGUGCAUCAGUGCCACCUAUCAGUGCCCGUCAGUGCCGCCUAUCAGUGCCAUCAGUGCCGCCUAUCAGUGCUGCCUUUCAGUGCCCAUCAGUGAUGCCUGUCAAUGCCCAUCAGUGCCACCUACCAGUGCCUCCUCAUCAGUGCCCAUCAGUGCCACCUAUCAG